AUGCAAGAGGUAGUAAGAAGAAUGCAUCAAAACAAAAAGCCACCGUUUUCAAUGAACCGCUUCACUGGAAUGCUAAUGGUUGGUUACUCAUGGGGACAAAUGAUGAUGUUGGCAGUCCCUCCUGACGAGUUCUGGGGUCUAAACCUCAGAUAUCUUAAUUACUUAAUUCCUUUUGUUUCGGCCCUUGGUGUGUGGACAGUUGGUAAUAUUGGACGGGAACAGGGUACUUUUAAAUGGCCAUUGAUAGCUGCAUAUGCUGCAUACCCUAUACGCUUUUAUGUUUAUGAUGAGACAGUAUGGUUUACACUUAUGGUACUGGCUUCUGCUCUUGCCUUUGAUACAUACUCUAAAGAGUGGCGGAGAACACCACAGAAUCGUAACCUUAUCAAGCGUAUUGCAAUUUUGGGCCUAUGUGCUGCAUUAUAUGUAUCACUUUGGUGCAGCUACUUGUACUUUCAUGGUACUAUUACUGACAGUGAGGGAGAUGAGGUACCAAUCUAUGAAGCAUUGCAUCACUUCUUUACCAGUCCAUGGUGGUUGGAUGUUAAGCAAUGUUUGCUAGAUACAUACCAGUAUGCCCAACAUCAUGGCUGGUAUGAGGUGUGGAAACAAAUCAUAGAUUUAUCAGAUCCUCAUGGAGAGCAAAAUGCUUACAAGGUGUUGGGCGUCGGUCCGGACGCGACGCAGCAAGAGAUUACAUCCACAUGGAGACGACUAUCACGUGAAAAUCAUCCGGACAAAGUCAAGGACGAUAUGCAGAGGCGCGCAGCCCAAGAGCGUUUCAUGGAGAUACAGCAAGCAUACGAAAUAUUAUCAAACAGCAAGCAUAGGAGGAAUAGACGUAACAAAAAGGACAACUCAGAGCCAACAGCAAAUGUCCAACGGGAAAUG